UACUAUGGCCCAGCAACAAGGUAGUCAUCUAGUAACAGUGCAUAACGGCGAUCUUCAGUAUAUUAUGAUCUCAGCGUUUCACUAACACCAGUGGUGGGUUUACUGUCCCCUUGAACAGACGCACGGGGCCUCACAUCACACCGCUAUGGCAGAAUCCGAGUUUUCUUACAGCGAUGGGUCGUGGCGGGUGACGGAGGCGAUGAAGGAAGCCUACCACGAGAAUGGCUACAUCAUCGUCAGGAACAUGUUCAACAACGGCGAGGUGGCGAAGGUCCGCGCGGCCCUAGAAGACCCAAACGGCGUGCAACAGUUCUCCUUCAGCCGCUCAGACGGGAAGAGCCGCGAUCUUCGCUUCGUGUUAUGGAAUCACCCGGGGCGUGAUGUGACGGGCGUGAUGGCCAGGACACAGAGAGUUGCGGGCACGGCAGAGGAGCUGCUGGGCGGGGACGAGGUGUACCACUACCACACCAAACUCAUCAUGAAGGACGCCAAAACUGGAGGGAACUUCUUGUGGCACCAAGACUACGGCUACUGGUACAAGAAUGGCUGCCUGUACCCUGACCUGUUGUCGGUGUUCAUCCCGAUGGACGAGGCUGGGCGGCACAACGGCUGCCUUCAGGUGCUCAAGGGGUCGCACCGCCUGGGCAGGAUCGACCACAGGGAAGUCGGGGAGCAGCUGGAAGCCGAUCCCGAGCGAGUAGCGGAGGCCUCAAAGUCCCUGCAACACGUGUACGUUGAAUUGAAGGCCGGAGACGCUCUCUUUUUCAAUUGCAACCUCCUACACACCUCGGCCGCUAAUAAUUCUGACCGCCGCCGCUGGGUGUUCAUCGUGGCCUUCAACAAACGCUCCAACAACCCGUACAAGGAUCACCACCACCCACGCUAUACGCCACUACACAAGGUGCCUGACGCCGCCCUGAUGGAGUGCCGCGAGGUGGACGACCUGGCGGACAAAUGGUUCAUGAGAAACGACGAGGAUCACUCCGUGCCGAGGAACCUCCACUGAUGUCCUGCCACCUCCCUCCAACUCCACCUCUACUUCCUUCCCACCACCUGCACCACCUCCUCUUAUUUUCUUCCAUCAUUUCCUCUUCCACUGAUAACCCGCCCCCUCCUCCUCCUCCUCCUCCUCCUCCUCCUCCUCCUCCUCCUCCUCCUCCUCCUCCUCCUCCUCCUCCUCCUCCUCCUACUCCUAUUCCUCCGGCCAACUGCACCUCCUCCUUUAAUUUUUUCCGCCAGUUCUUCUUCUUCCAUUCCUCAUCCUCCUCUUACAUCCAAACCACUGUGCCUCCUAUUCUCCCUUUUAUAUUCUUCCACUAAUACUUGUUCCUCCCUCUUCCACACACAUCAUCAUAUCAGUAUUUCCUCUUAUCGUUGCAGUCUUCCCUCUUCCACUAAUACCCCGUCAACUGAAUUUCCUCUUCCUCUUCCAUAUACAUUCCUCCUCCUCCUCCUCCUCCUCCUCCUCCUCCUCUUCCACCUAAAUUCCUUUACUAAUAGUUCUUCACUUUUUAUUUUUCUCCACCGUUGUCCCUCCACUUGUAAUUUCUGUGAAUACUCCUCAACAAAAGCCUCCUCCUUCACUAAUAUAUCUCCAGCAUUUUUUUUCUUUUUGAAUACUCCCUACAUAGUACUUCUUCCUCUUUCCUCCUCCUCCUCCUCCUCCUCCUCCUCCUCCUCCUCUUUACUUCAUAUUAAA